GGAGAGAGAGAGGGAGGGAAAGAGAGAGAGAGCUCUUUCAGACCGAUUAUAAACAGAAAAGAGAGGGAGAGGGAGGAAGACAGAUUAAACAGACUGAACACAACUGUUGUUUUAAUCCCCUGAGCGGAUAGAUUUAGAGGAAAAAAACUACUGGUUUGGGGAAGAGCAGCCAUAUUGCAUGGACCUUUGGUGGAAUAACAAGACUAGAAAUACGAGGACUUCAGGAGCGGACGCUACUUGCGACUCUCUCCUAUUUAUUAUUUAUUUGUUUUGUUUUUAGAUAGUGUUAACCAACAACUCGAAAGAUGAAGGACCGACUGGAGCAACUAAAGGCGACAUGCGAUCAUGAUGAUGAAGAUGUUGAGAUCGCCGUGGACAAUCCUGCCUUUAUGGAUGAGUUCUUUUCCCAGAUUGAAGACAUCAGGCACAGCAUUGAUAAGAUCGACGAGAAUGUGGCCGAAGUGAAGAAACUUUACUCAGUUAUUCUUUCUGCACCAACAUCUGACCAGAAGACACAGGAUGAUUUGGAGGCACUUACUAAUGAUAUCAAGAAAAUGGCCAACAAUGCUCGUAACAAACUAAAGACCAUCGAAAGGAAUCUUGAGAUGGAAGAAGUGGAAAGAGUAUCGGCUGACAUGAGAAUACGCAAAUCACAGCAUGCUGUACUUUCCAGGAAGUUUGUUGAUGUGAUGACCAAAUACAAUGAAGCUCAGUUGGACUUCAGAGAGAAAAGCAAAGGCCGCAUUCAGAGACAAUUAGAGAUCACUGGUAAAUCCACAACUGAUGAGGAGCUGGAGGAGAUGCUGGAGGGAGGAAAUGCAGCCGUUUUCACAGCAGGGAUUGUGGAUUCAGGGAUUUCCAAACAAGCGCUGAGUGAGAUUGAAGCGCGUCACAAAGACAUUGUGCGUCUGGAGAGCAGCAUAAAGGAGCUGCAUGACAUGUUUGUGGACAUCGCCAUGCUGGUGGAGAGCCAGGGUGGUAUGAUUGAGAGGAUUGAGAACAACAUGGACCAGUCAGUGGGUUUUGUGGAGCGGGCGGUUGCUGACACUAAAAAAGCUGCUAAAUAUCAGCAGGAGGCUCGACGUGUGAGUUCAUGAUGAAUAUCAGGCCCCGCCCCCUCCGUCCCGCCCUGCCUCUCCUUACUGUGUCCCACUGACGUCACGCGCACACAAACAAACCCAAUGAUUAUUACUAAUCCUGAUACGCCCUGAAACUUUCCAUUACAGGAUUUCAGUGUAUCUCAGAUGAUGAAAAAACAAUGUUAAUCCACAUGUGUUCAAUUAACAGCAACAAAAACGUUGACACACACAGCUGAGAAGGACACUUUUUAACAAAGCCGUUCUGUCUUAAAAUGUGAGAAAUUUUUUUUUUUUUGGUGCAAGCGAAAGUUAGCAUUGGUUGAUCUGUCACCUCCAUUCAUGAAGUCAGGAGUUUUACCGCUUUAUACAGAUAAAAUAACAGAAAACACGUGCAUAUGUUCAAAAAUACUCCGCCUCUGAAACUACUUCUCUCUGUUGUCAUUGUUCAGGUACAAAAGAUUUUCAUAUUAAAAUUAAAGGAACACUCCACCCAGAAAUGGAAACGGUCAUUAUUUACUCAUGUCGUUCCAAACCUGUAUGACUUCCUCUCUUCUGGAACACACCAUAAUAUAUUUUGAGGAGUGUUGGGAACCAAACAGCACUGGAUCCCAUUGACUUCCAUUGUAUGGGCAAAAUGAGUAUGAUUAUUCUCAAAAUGUCUUAUAUGUUGCACAGAAAAAAGAAAGUAAUGCAGAAAGUUAAUUUCUGGGUGACUGUCCCUUUAAAUAUAUAGUAAUAAAAUAAAAUAAAUAAUACAUAAAAUUAUAUAAAAAUGAGUUAUGUAUAGAGGCAUGAACAAAAGAGCUACAAGGAAUACAAAAGUAAUAGAAAUUAAUCAAAACUGAAACAAGUAAUGAUUAAACAUGAAGGUUUAUAGUGCGUGGAAAUACAUUCAUCUGGAAAUACAUCAUAUUAAGAAAGCAAUUUGGGUUGAAAAUUAUGAAUAUGAUGAGCAUGCCAUAGUGGCGCACAAGCUUUCUUUCUUUCUUUCUUUUCUUUCUUUCUUUCUUUCUUUUUUUUUUAAAUGUGAAAAUAUUUUUGGAAUCUUCAAUGAUAGUUUUCUAGACAUUAAAGGUAUAAUUCACCCAAAAAUAAAAAAAUCUGUCAUGAAUUACUCGCCCUCAUGUUGUUCCAAACCUGUAAGACCUUCGUUUAUCUUCAGAACACAAAUUAAGAUAUUUCUGAUUAAAUCCGAGAGCUUCCCUCAAGAAAUUCUUGCAGAUUCAUAUAAUAAAGGUUGAACCACUGAUGUCCCAUGGACUUGUUUAACAAUGACUUUACUUUUCUGGGCCUUGAACGUGUCAGUUUCAUUGUUGUCUGUGGGAGGGUCAGAGAGCUCUCAGAUUUCAUCAAAAAUAUCUUACAUUAUGUUCUGAAGAUAAACAAAGCUCUUACGGGUUUGGAAUGACAUGGGGGUGAGUAAUGACAGAAUUUUCAUUUUUUGAUGAACCAACCCUUUGUCUUUUCCAUAAAUGCAAUACCUGAAAUGAAUAUCACAUACGAAUAUCUUUUCAUCAGAUAUCAUGUUUUGGAUCACUCUUUAUAUCCGAGUGAGCUGUUUAUUUGUUACUCAAAUGUUAAAGUAGAUGCUAACAGAUGUUUUUUAUGUGUUUAUUCACAGAAAAUCAUUAUCAUAGUGUCUGUGGUUUUGGCAGUUUUGGCAGUUAUUGCUUUGAUAGUGGGUUUAUCUGUAGGUCUAAAACAAUAAAGGCUCUGGUGAGUAAAUUUCAGAGGAGCAUGUGUAAGGUUUGGGAAAGGGGAAUGGUGCGGGUGUUUGAUGUUACGCAGACAUGGAGCUGGUGACCGGGAUUUUAGCUGAUCUUCUCUAGUCUUCCUCAGGGGUGUAAAGCAUGCUUUCUCUGGGCUUUGGGAUCUCCCGAGCAUCCUUUUGUUUGGUUGUGUGAAGUUAGUUUUUAUGUUCUCUGUGCGUUUUGGUUCUUUUAGGCUCUGUUUGUUAUGGUGGUGAAGGGUUGAAGACUUUAGAUGUUUGCUGUUGGAUUAAUGGAUCGUGUUCUGUUUGGUCUCUUGUAGAAGAUGAUCAUACUGGGUGUGAUUGGUGCUGUGGUGCUCAUCAUCAUCAUCAUCAUCAUCCUCACACAGGUUCUAUGAUAACCUCUGUGGCUGCUCAUGAACUCUUUAUUAUUAUAGAAGAUCAUUUCCUCCACUCCUUUCCAUCCUCCUUGUUCUUCCUUGGAAGUACGUCAAGAUGAAAGCUCCGCCCCCUGCCCCUGAGGCCCCUCCCUUCAUCAGCACAAACCAAUGGGAAUCUACUCUGCUGGAACCCUAGUGGGGGUCAAGGAAACAGAUUGUGUUUUUUUUUUUUAAAGGACUUGAUGGGAAAUGUUGAAGGAACUUCUAUUACAUGCCAGGAAUGGCGUUUGAAGGAAGCACAUUUUAAAUCCAUGAGCACAGAAUAAAGGACUUUUAUGAGACUUAGAAAGGUAACCUCCAUUUUUUAAGACACGUCUAUGGCUACAUCUGCUGGUUGAGCUACUGAACUGUUCCUGAUCAAAAGGGCUCUAUUUUGGAUCCCUGUGAAGUGAACACAAUAAGCUAAGUUUUGAUGGCUCGUCCAGAAUGGAAGAAAUCCACAUGUGUAUGUUUCUAAUGUGAUGAACGUUUGUAUGGGAAUUAACCAAAGGAAUAAAUUGCAUUAUAUGUUUUCUAA